GGGUCGCGCGGGCCGGAUCGCGGCGCGGUCCGUUGGAGGGGUAUGAGCGGCGUUUGCGCUGACCCUGGGCUGAGAGACCCGCGGGCUUCCCAGUGAAGUAACCACAAAACGCGCUGCGUUGGCGGCGCUCCGCUCCCUGGCAGCUGUACUCCUUCACUUCUCAGAGAUGGAUUUCGCAGCGAUUAAAAACUCCUCCGCGUUACACCCUAAGCCUGCUGGGCUCGCUCUUCAGUACGGCACCGCCGGGUUUCGCACCAAGGCAGAGCGGCUCGAUCAUGUCAUGUUCCGCAUGGGCUUGCUGGCCGUCCUCAGGUCCAGAGCCACCGGCUCCACCAUUGGCGUCAUGGUCACCGCAUCUCACAAUCCUGAAGAAGAUAAUGGUGUAAAGCUGAUCGAUCCUCAUGGUGAAAUGUUGCAUCCUUUGUGGGAGGAAUAUGCUACACAGCUAGCAAAUGCAGAGGAACAAGAAUUACAGAAAGUAAUGACUGAAAUCUGUCAAAAGGAAGCAGUGAACCUGCACAAAGAUGCUUUGGUUUUUAUUGGUAGAGACACCAGACCAAGCAGCAAGAAACUUUCCCAGUCAGUAAUAGAUGGUAUCUCCAUUCUAGGUGGACAAUACCAUGAUUAUGGUCUGGUGACAACACCACAACUACAUUACAUGGUCUGCUGUCAAAACACCCAAGGACAGUAUGGGAGAGCAACGCUGGAAGGUUAUUACCAGAAACUAUCCAAAGCUUUUGUAGAACUGAUCAAACAGGCUAAUUUUCCCAGCUCUGGAGAUAGUCAGAGGCAUCUGAAGGUUGAUUGUGCCAAUGGAAUAGGAGCCCAGAAACUAAUGGAGAUGACAUGCUACUUUCCAAAGGAAGUACUAAUUCACCUAUAUAAUGAUGGAACCAAGGAGAAGCUCAAUCACUUAUGUGGUGCAGAUUAUGUAAAAGUUCGUCAGAAACCACCUAGGGGGCUAGACAUGAAGCCUAAUGAGAGAUGCUGCUCACUUGAUGGAGAUGGAGAUAGAAUUGUUUAUUACUAUAAGGACCCAACUGACCAUUUUCACCUAAUCGAUGGAGAUAAAAUAGCUACUUUAAUUAGUAUAUUCCUUAAAGAACUUCUUGUCAAGGUGGAACAGACUUUAAAGAUGGCAGUGGUACAGACAGCAUAUGCCAAUGGGAGUUCAACACGCUUUCUUGAGGAAACAAUUAAGAUACCUGUUCACUGUGUCAAAACAGGAGUGAAACACCUACAUCACAAGGCCCAGGAGUUUGAUGUUGGUGUGUACUUUGAGGCAAACGGACAUGGCACAGUAGUAUUUAGUAAAGCUGCUGAAACUAAAAUAAGACAACUGGCAAAAGAGGAAAAAGAUGAUGAAAGAAGAGAAGCAGCAAAGAUGCUUGAAAACAUGAUUGACCUGAUUAAUCAGACAGUUGGCGAUGCUAUCUCAGACAUGCUGGUUAUUGAAGCAAUCCUGGCUUUGAAAGGUCUUACUGUGCAACAGUGGGAUGCCAUCUACUCCGACCUUCCAAAUCGGCUACUCACAGUUCAGGUUGCAGACCGGCAAGUUAUUGGCACAACAGAUGCAGAAAGGCGUGUGGUUACACCUCCAGGGCUACAAGAGCAAAUUGAUGCCCUUGUGAAGAAGUACAAGUCGUCACGAGCAUUUGUCCGUCCAUCAGGAACAGAAGAUACAGUUAGAAUAUAUGCUGAAGCAGACAAACAGGAGAAUGCUGAUGCCCUUGCCCAUGAAGUAAGCCUGGCUGUUUACCAUCUUGCUGGCGGAGUAGGAACACCACCCGAGCCUGUAUAACAACAGAUAUAACUGCAGUUAAAAUUCCUAACUUGACUUAUUCAAUAUUACUUUACCAUUUGUUAGUGUGUACAUAUCAAACCAUUCUUGACUGAUUGUAAAAGGGAUUAAUCAGGACUGAGCACAAUAUUUUUCUCCCUAUUAUUUCUUACCUUGUUGGUAACUUACCACUUAAUAAUAUGCUCUUGCUCUUGGGUCUUCCCCCUCCUCAUUUACCUAACUUCUGAAGUUGAAUGGAGCUAGAUGCAAGCAAAUGUGUGCCUUGAGUGUCACUUCUUGACAGACAGUGGCCUGUUCCUGUCCAGAAGGGAGGCUACAACUCCAGUCUUCUAAGCAUGAAGACUCAUCUUUUCUACUAGCAAUAAUCUGGUUAUUAUUAACCCUUCCCCUAACAGCGCAUUACAAGGGAGAUUAGCCACCCCAGAUUAGGGUUUGGGCUAGUGCAGAGGCUCCAUUGAUGCUUAAGGCCUUGCUGCUAUCAAGUGUACUGCCUGCAGUACACUUGCAGUAGCUGUGCAUAACUCUAGCUCUGUUGCAACUGUGCUUACAGUAGCUUAACACAGCUUUACUACUGCAGAAACAUCACUUUCAGUAUUGCCACAGCAACGCCAUCCCCUAUGGGCAAACAUCAUCAUCACUCAGCGGCAAUAUAGGUUAGUUCACAGAGAACACUAUAGUAAAAAACACCAUUUGAAAACAAACAGCAUAUUAUUGCAAUGUCUUCAUUAGAAAAAUUGUUUUUAUGAAAUUAUGUAUGUGAAAUGUAUACAUGAAAUCAUGACAAUGCUAUUAAAGCAUUUCUCAGUUUUUAAGAUGGAGGGGGACAGAGACAAGUUUGUGAUACCCCCCUCCCCACCAGUUUGAAGGAGCUGGCCUAAUAGGCUGUAAUAUUUUAAAUAUAUACGUAUUACAAAUC